AUGCCCAUCAUCAGUAAUGCCAACCAUGACUUCAGCACCUACUCCAUCAGCAGUGAUGACAGCAGCCUUGACCGCUUCUUCACCGAGAUCCCGGAGACUGAGACCAUCAAGGGCGUUUACUUCCAGCGAGCACAGCUGCUUCGUGACCCCAAGGCCUCGUACGUGGUUGAUCACACCCUGCAGGUUCUUAUCAAUGUCGGGGGCAACCGGUACACCUUCCCUUGGAGCACCUUGGAGCAAUUCCCCCAGAGUCGUCUGGGACGUCUGCGCUUCUGCACCACCCCCGAGGAGAUCGCACGACUCUGCGAUGACUAUGAUGAGACGUGUCAGGAGUAUUUCUUUGACCGAAAUCCGACAGCCUUCAGGGUCAUCCUCAACUUCCUGGCUGCAGGCAAACUGCGUCUGCUGCGAGAACUGUGUGCCGUGUCGCUGCAUGAUGAGCUUGACUACUGGGGCGUGGACCCGGGCCACAUGGAGCGCUGCUGCCGUCGCCGCAUGACCACACGUGUAGAGGAGGUGGCGGAGCGAGAGCGCAAAGAAGAGGAGUGGAGGCAGAAGAGGGUGAUGCUUAAGAAAAGCACCACACAGGCUGAAAAGGGCUAUCGUAGAAUGACCUUGAUGCUGCGAGAAGUGGUGGAAAACCCUCAGUCGGGGCUUGCCGGGAAGGUGUUCGCCUGCCUCUCUGUCGUCAUGGUGCUGGUCACCGUCAUCAGCCUGUGCAUUAGCACCAUGCCGGACCUCAGAGAUGAAGAGAACAGGGGCGAGUGCUCUCAGAGGUGUCACAGCAUGUUUGUGGUGGAGUCGAUCUGCGUGGCGUGGUUCACGUUGGAGUUCGUGCUGCGAUUUGUCAACGCUCAGAGCAAGCUGGCCUUCGCUCGCGGCCCUCUCAACAUCAUCGACGCCAUCGCCAUCCUCCCGUACUACGUGUCCCUGGUCGUCGACGUCAGAGAUGAGUCACAGGAGGACGUCAUCAUGGGUGCCGGCAGAGGCUACCUGGACAAACUGAGUCUGAUCCUGCGCCUGCUGCGGGCCCUGCGGAUCCUGUACGUGAUGCGACUGGCUCGCCACUCUCUGGGCCUGCAGACUUUAGGGCUGACCAUGCAGCGCAGCAUGAGGGAGUUCGGCCUGCUGCUGCUGUUCGUCUGCGUGGCCGUGACCCUCUUCUCGCCUCUGGUUCACCUCGCGGAGAGUGAGCUGGCACCGUUCGCCGCCACGCCCCCCCAACACAGCUUCAGCAGCAUCCCGGCCUCCUACUGGUGGGCCAUCAUCUCCAUGACUACGGUGGGCUACGGCGACAUGGUGCCGCACAGCAUCCCGGGACAGAUAGUGGCGCUGACCAGCAUCCUGAGCGGCAUCCUCAUUAUGGCGUUCCCCGCCACCUCGAUCUUCCACACCUUCUCCCGAUCUUAUCAGGAGCUCAAGCAGGAGUACGAGCAGCUGUGGAAGGAGGAGAGAGGCGAGGAGAUAGCUGCAGAGUCAGAGGAGAGUUGGUCCAAAGCCGAUUUGUCACCAGGCGAGCUCCCGUCUGUAUCCAAGGAAGACGGGCUGAUGUCAAGCAGAAGUCAUCAAUCCACACUUCCUUCUACAGCUUUCUAAUGGAAGAGAGCAGUCAGACACCCAGUAAUCCUGUGUUUAAAUGGUGACACACUCUAUCCUGUGUAGAUACACUUAGA